AUGAUUCAUCGUUCUUUUCUACUGGACAGUUUCGUCAAUCCUGCUUUUGCGUUCACCCGCCGAACAUGUCUCGCAGCCUCUAAAACGAUUGUCAAGGAGUACAAGGCCUUGAUCGGGGAAGAUGGCCCCACCUUGUGGAUUCACCAAGCAUUUGCCGUCGCUGCAUCCAUCACCCUGUUACUCGACGUACUACAUCGUGAGAUCAACGAGAACGAGAGUUCUGAGCACCGCACACUUGUUGAAGAGGUGGUAGAGAUCCUGCAGCGGCGCGAGGAGAGCAUGAUUGCGAUCAGAGGUGUCAGACUCCUCAGAGCUCUGCUUGCUCAGGCGUCGCAUGAGUAUUUGUCUCGAAGAAUAAGAAAGCGGAAUCACGACGGUACACCCGCUGCCAAACUCGAUGUUUCUGCUCUCGUUAGGGACUUCUAUCAGACCAACAAUGCCGACAGUUACCCUUCGCCACGUCUCACAGCAGCAUCGGGAUCUAGUGCCGAUCGACCUCCUACAUACAACUCGGGAGAGAGCAAUCCUCUCGCCAGAACCCUUGAACAGCCCCAAUCUGCAUUGCCUUACCCAGCGUCCGGUUUCGCAGGUACCAACAGUUUCGAUGAUCUUCUGUACCUAGCAAAUUAUGAUUUCUCAUUGGCGUAA